AUGCCUGCUUUCACGAGCUCGGACAAGACUGCGCUGGACGCGGCGAGCCACACGACGGCCGUGAUCGUCGGUGCCGGCGUGUCGGGCCUCGAUGCCCUCAUCCAGCUCAAGCGGCUGCUCAAGCUUGACGACGUCGCCUGCUACGAGAAGGACGGCGAGCUCGGCGGUACCUGGGCGGCGAACCGCUACCCUGGAGCAUCUUGCGACAUCCCGAUCGCAUUCUACUCGUUCUCGUUCGAGCCCGCGACCGAGUUUUCGACCCAGUGGCCCGGCGCCGAGGGCAUCUGCCGCUACUACGAACGCGUUGUCAACAAGUACCGCGUGCGGCCCCAGAUCGUCUUCCACACCGUCGUCGACGAGGCGCGCUUCUCGCGCUCGACCGGCCUGUGGACCGUCCAGCUACGCAACGUCGUCACAGGCGAGACGCGCACCAAGACGUGCAACAUCCUCGUCUCGGCGGUCGGCGCCCUGUCGACGCCGGCCGACGCCCCGUUCGACACGAGCGAGUUUGACGGCGCCGUCAUGCACAGCGCGAGGUGGAACAAGGACGUGUCGCUCAAGGACAAGGACGUCGUCGUGCUCGGCAACGGCUGCUCGGCGGCGCAGCUCGUGCCGGCCAUCCUGCCCGAGGUCAAGUCGCUCACGCAGAUCGGGCGCGGCAAGCACGCCAUCGUGCCGCCCAACGCCAUCGUCGACAACGCGUUCACGAACGGGCUCUAUCGAUGGCUCCCAGGCCUCUUCACCUUCUUCCGGUGGGCGGUGUACCAGAUCUGCGAGAGCUACUUCUACCUCGCCGACAAGGACCAGGGCGCCGAGGGCCGCAAGUCGAUCCACGAGGCGAGCACCAAGUACAUCGAGAAGACGGCGCCCGCCAAGUACCGCGACCAGCUCGUGUUCGACUUCGAGUUUGGCCAGAAGUGCCGCAUCAUCGACUUCUCGGGCUACUGCCCCUCGCUCCACAGCCCCAAGUUCAACCUCCUCCUCCCCGACACGAUCGUCUCGGCAAAGGGCCGCACCGUCACGACCGAGAAGGGCGUCGAGGUGCCGGCCGACGUCAUCGUCCUGUCGACAGGCUUCAAAGUAACCGAGUACCUGCACCCGCUGUCGGUGUUCAACAGCGAGGGCGAGAGCCUCGUCGAACGGCUCAAGGGCAACGGCGUCAAGACGUACUUGACUUCGAUGGUGGCGUCGUACCCCAACUUUUGGCUCCUCAUGGGGCCCAACGCAAUCACAGGACACUCGUCGGCCCUGUUCAACACCGAGUGCACGGUCGACAUGAUGGUUCACCUCCUCAAGCCCGUCGUCAAGCAGCUCAAGGCGCGCUCGAUCUCGAGCGAGGGCCCGGCGCCGAGCGUCGAGGUGAUCCAGCAGGCCGAGGACGAGUGGUACGCCAAGAUGCGCGCUCAGAUGGCCAAGAUGGUGUGGGAGAUGGACGGCGGCAUCUCUUGGUACGUCGACCCGAGCAUCGGCAAGUGCACGAUCCUCUUCCCCUGGAGCCAGCCCGAAUUCCUGCGCCAGACGCGCGAGAUGCCCAAGGAGCGCUUCGUCUGGGCGGCCUGUGCCUGAGCGCGCCCUCGUUCGUCUCUCCCUUUGCCCUUUGUCACCUUCUCUCUCUCGAGCUCCGCGUGCAACAGCAGUUGGCCCUUUCGCGAGUCCU